AUGAAUUAUCUAAAGUUAACGUUUGAUAAGCUUGAUGUAGGUGCGCUGAACGAUCAGGUGGCACACGAAAGUUGCGGUGCUGUGUCGUUGUUCGUGGGUACGACGAGAGAUAACUUUGAAGGCAAAACUGUCGUUUUGCUACAGUACGAAGCGUACGAAGCCAUGGCCAUCAAAACGAUGAACCUGCUGUGUGAAGAGGUUCGCACCCGUUGGCCGGAUGUGGUGCACAUCGGCAUACACCAUCGGCUAGGCACGGUUCCGGUAAAGGAAGCAUCCGUAGUGAUAGCGAUAAGCUCGCCGCAUCGAAAGUCCAGCCUGGAAGCGGUACACUAUACCAUCGACGAGCUGAAAAAAUCUGUCCCCGUUUGGAAGAAGGAACUGUACGGCGAUGGAGAGGGCAGCUCGGAAUGGAAAGAGAACAGCGAAUGUACAUGGUCGAAGAAGUACAAGGACAACCAUAUACUGUAGCAGAGAGUUUCGCAAACAGAGCAAUACCUUGCAUGCAUGCGUGAUUAUAUGCAAUCAUAGAUUGCAAAACAAACAAAACAGAAAGGAAUUUAUGGCUAGAUAGACAAACGAAACAACAUGGAACGGGUUGCAAUAUCAAGUGGUGCUUUCGAUCAACUUAUGCGACAUUGCCUUUAGUUUUAGAUAUUAAUGAUGAGCCUACAAGAACAGCUGAGUCACGUUUCAAGUGUACGGAUAACAUCCUCUAUCAAUCAUGGGGAACGCUAAUUGUCUCUUCAUGAGAUCAUAUACAGACAGUAGACAACUUCCGCUAGCAGAACACAAAGUGUUUAUGAACCGAAUGAACAAUUUACGAGGCAGGUUAUAUUUUUCUAUUGCUAUACAGAGGUAAAGAUGCUGCGUUCUAUUAUGGAAAUAAAACUGUUUAAAUUUGACACAAAAUAA